AUGACCGAGAAAAUGUCCGAGGUCAACAAUGUCUCGGUGGACACGACUGAACAUCGAGAUCCAGCGUUGCAGGCGGAGCACCAGCAUCACCAUGCGCACCAUCACCAUACUGCCUUUACAGAGCAAGGCCGUGAGGACGAAGUAGUCUUUUCCAAGGACACCGCAUUUGAAAAGGGCAUCGUGCCUGAACCAUCACCCCUCGAUCAUGGCAGCCAUAGCCAGGAUUCGAAAGAUGAAGAAACAGGCGAAACCAAUCCUGCGCCACGACCAUGGCACCGCCGCGCGCUGAAGCAAUGGAGACAUGCUUUGCACGCCGCGAUCUGGAUCUUGUUUACCGGCUGGUGGAUCACCGGUCUCAUUUUACAUCGCCAUGACCUGGGUUGGUUAAUUCCUUUCCUGCUCUACCUGGCCAUCACCCUACGUCUGAUCUUCUUCUACAUCCCGAUCAGCAUCGUCACCCGGCCCAUGUAUUUCAUCUGGAACAAAACCUCGACUCCAAUAGUGAACGCCAUUCCAGAGAAAUUCCGCACUCCCCUCGGAGCCCUGGUAUGCGUCAGCGUGAUCCUUAUCGGAUCAUUCGCGUCACCCGAAUCAGCAGACAACACGCGUGAGAACCGUGCCGUCAGUCUAUUCGGGUUAUUGGUCUUCAUCGUCGUGCUGUACUUGACCUCGCGGAACCGCAAGAAGAUUAUCUGGCACACGGUGAUUGUGGGAAUGCUGGUACAGUUCAUCAUUGCGCUGUUUGUCCUGCGGUCCGGGGCUGGAUACGACAUUUUCAACUUCAUUUCCCUGCUCGCCCGUAAACUGUUGGGUUUCGCUUCAGACGGAGUAUCCUUCCUUACGGCAGACGACUUCCUCAAGAUGACCACACCGCUCCAGCCGGCAAAUUGGUUCCUGGUCGGCGUGAUCCCGGCCAUUAUCUUCUUCGUCUCGGUUGUCCAGCUGCUGUACUAUACGAAUAUCCUGCAGUGGUUCAUCGCGAAGUUCGCCGUGUUCUUCUUCUGGUGCAUGCGUGUCUCCGGUGCCGAGGCCGUUGUCGCUGCCGCAUCUCCUUUCAUUGGACAAGGCGAGUCGGCAAUGCUGAUUCGGCCGUUCAUCGCGCAUCUGACUAUGGCUGAACUGCACCAGGUCAUGUGCUCGGGUUUCGCGACUAUCGCUGGUAGUGUGUUGAUCGCGUAUAUCACGAUGGGUGUUAACCCCCAGGCUUUGGUGUCGUCAUGUGUCAUGAGUAUUCCUGCCUCGCUGGCUUGCUCGAAGCUGCGUUGGCCGGAGGAGGAAGAGAGUCUCACGGCUGGCCGUGUGGUCAUCCCGGAUAACGAGGAACACCGUGCUGCUAAUGCCCUGCACGCCUUUGCCAACGGAGCUUGGCUAGGUCUUAAGAUUGCCGCGAUGAUUGGCUCGACUUUGUUGUGCAUUAUCUCGCUGAUCGGUCUUAUUAAUGGUCUCCUUACCUGGUGGGGCCAUUACUUGAGUAUCAACAAUCCCGAGCUUACCCUCGAGCUCAUUCUUGGCUAUAUCUGCUACCCAAUUGCCUUCCUGCUGGGCGUAUCCCGGAAUGGAGAUUUGCUGAAGGUGGGCCAACUAAUUGGUCUUAAACUGGUGUCGAACGAAUUCGUCGCCUACAACGCCCUCCAAAAUCAGGAAGCGUACUCCCACCUCUCAGAUCGCUCGCGCCUGAUCGCCACCUACGCCCUCUGUGGAUUCGCCAACAUCGGCUCGCUGGGUAACCAGAUCGGUGUACUGUCCCAGAUCUCGCCCGGCCGUAGUGGUGAUGUGUCCCGGGUUGCCGUCAGCGCGAUGCUCACGGGUGCGAUUAGUACUUUCACGAGCGCGACGAUUGCGGGUCUGCUCAUCACGAAUGAGAAGCAGUUCUUCGGCUCAUAA